AUGCUUCCGCAACUAUUCCGACAGACGAUGAGGAGCAGUAGGCUCGGACGCGGCUUGCAGACUCGAUCGUUGGCUACUGUUGCAGAGAACAAGCCUGUUAUUGCCCCUCUGGUCAAACAGCUGGGAGCUACCCGGCCCAUCAAAGAACGUGCCACAUUCACUCUGCGAAAUGGACCCAUCUUCCAUGGCACAUCUUUUGGUGCCCGCAGCAACAUCUCUGGGGAAGCAGUCUUCACCACCUCGCUAGUCGGCUACCCAGAAUCCUUGACCGACCCGUCAUACCGCGGACAGAUCCUGGUCUUCACGCAGCCCCUUAUCGGCAACUAUGGUGUGCCAGCAGGUAUGAGGGACGAGUUUGGUCUCUUCAAGUAUUUCGAGAGCCCCAACAUCCAGGCUUGCGGCGUCGUGGUUGCAGACGUCGCAGAGCAGUACUCGCACUGGACUGCCGUGGAAAGUCUAGGCGAAUGGUGCGCACGAGAGGGUGUGCCUGCCAUCAGCGGUGUUGAUACUCGCGCAAUCGUCACCUACCUUCGCGACCAGGGUUCCACUCUUGCCCGUCUGACGGUGGGCGAGGAGUACGACCAAGACGAGGAUGAGGCCUACAUCGAUCCCGAGCAGAUCAAUCUUGUGCGAAAAGUCAGCACGAAAGCCCCCUUCCACGUCAGCGCACCCUCACCCAUCGCCCACGUUGCCGUCAUCGACUGCGGAGUCAAGGAGAACAUUCUGCGCAGCCUAGUCAGUCGCGGAGCAAGCGCAACAGUCUUUCCCUUCGACUAUCCCAUCCACAAAGUCGCCCAUCACUUCGACGGCGUCUUCAUCUCCAACGGUCCAGGCGAUCCCACUCACUGCCAAGACACAGUGUACCACCUUCGCAAGCUGAUGGAGAGCUCGAAUCUACCCAUCUUCGGCAUCUGCUUGGGACAUCAGUUGCUUGCACUUGCUGCUGGUGCACGGACUAUCAAGUUGAAGUACGGCAAUCGCGCGCACAACAUCCCGGCUCUGGAUCUCACUACCGGCCGCUGUCACAUCACCUCUCAGAACCAUGGAUAUGCCGUUGAUGCUGCGACGUUGCCUUCUGACUGGGCUCCGUUCUUCAUUAAUCUCAAUGACAACUCCAAUGAAGGCCUAAUCCACAAAACCCGCCCCAUCUUCUCCACACAAUUCCACCCCGAAGCGAAGGGCGGCCCGCUUGAUUCGUCGUACUUGUUUGACAUGUACCUCGACAAUAUCCAGAAGUACAAGCAGACGCAAGCCUCGUCUCAGCCGAAUCGGGACAGUAUUCCGUCGCCGCUUCUGGUAGAUCUUCUGUCUAAGGAGCGCGUCGGCGUGGACAAGCCGGAGGGAAUACUCAACAUGAUGGCACUGAAUGCUGCGAAUGCUCAGCAGGCUCAGGUGCAGUAUGCUGCUGGCUCUGCUUAG